UUUCUUUCCUCCCCCAACUACACGACCAAAACUAUGCCAUCACAGGCGAGACCUUAAUUCGAAACACUCCAAGCCAAAACCCAAGUUUAGCCCUCCCUCCUCUUCUCCCAAGAAAAAGUAAUAAAACCCAAGACUCAAUUAUUCUGCUUCAUUUUUAGUUGAAGAUGCCAAGGCCAGGCCCAAGACCUUACGAGUGCGUGAGGAGAGCGUGGCACAGCGAGAGGCACCAACCCAUGAGAGGUUCCAUCAUUCAACAGAUUUUCAGGGUCUCCACCGAGGCUCACUCUCCCGCUACUAAGACCAACAAGGAGUGGCAAGAGAAGCUUCCCGUGGUUGUUCUCAAGGUCGAAGAAAUCAUUUACUCCAAAGCCAAUUCCGAGGCCGAAUACCUGAACCCCGACACGCUCUGGGACCGCCUCAGCGAUGCCAUUGAGACUAUCAUACGCAGGGACGACACCAGUGAAACCGGUGAGCUUUUGCCGCCAUGUGUUGAAGCUGCUCUUAACCUUGGCUGCAAGCCACUGAGAACAUCCAGGAGUGAUAGGCAUAAUAACCCCAGGACUUACCUUACUUCUAGAAAUCAACAGCAUCCUCAUUCUGUUUCUCCCAAAACUGUUGUGAGCAAUCCCUUAAACUUUCUGCCAGUGCCGGAUUCUAACCCUCACAUCCACCAAAAUGACUACACUUUUGCUGCUGUUCGACAUCACCAACACUUGCCAGUGGAAACUAACACCUCCUUGAACUUGGGUUCGGUUUACCCGUUAUAUUAUGGUUUUGAAGCCGGAAAGCCUCAAUUAAGGACUAGCAACCAAGGAAACACUUGUUCUGACACAAUCUUUGUUGGUAGACCGGUGGUUGGACCGGCGCUGGAGCCGUCUAGAAUGGGUCUAUUAGAAAAUUUUUCCUGUAGAAGAAUCCGUCAUUUUCCAAACAGAAUUGUGAAAGAAAGUGCUGUGGAGGAGGCAGGAGAUAGGGAAUGUGAUUUGUCUUUGAGGUUGGGUAUGUGUUUGCGGAGCAACGAAACAAGUUCAGCCUGUGAAUUGGAAGAUGUUGGGUUAAGAGGUUCUCAGGAGGGCAUCAAAUUUAGUAGCCGUUCAUCUCAACGGAAAAAUGAAGGGUACAGUUUUUACCCUAAAGGGACAGGUUAUGAUGCCAUUUAUUCUACUGAGUGGAAUAUAGAGGGUGAUGAUUGGAACAGUGUAGGGAGUUUUCAGAAGUGCAAGGCGUCUUUAGGUAGGUAGGAGGAUGGGCAAUUUUGCCGGCAACUAGGGUUCCCGUCCUACCUGUUUA